CACAGAGCAAACGCACAGUGGCAGGCUGUGAAAGAUUGUGUGAAGAGUGUGUUUCGUGAAUGUGUGUGUGACAACGUAAAGAGAACCAAAGCCCAUCAGUUGGAAUGGACCACAGUAGCAAUAACACCGCAAUCGAGGAGCGUCUCGAGAGCACCUGAGGGAUUACAACUCCAACUCGAGAAGAAGUCGUUCAGGUUUUUACUGCCCCUCUCAUUGCGCGCCCGGUGGUGUUAACGCGAAAACAGGAACGAGAGUAAACACGUGAAAUAAGAAGGUUCCAAUUCAGUCCCAGCCUUCCCGAGUUUGGCGCCGUGACACAGAAAAAAAUAAUUUCUGUGUAUUUUUAGCAUCCUCUCUUUUCCCUAUCCUCCCAUCUUUUCCUCUCUCUCUGUGUGGAGAGAGAGCAGGAGACGAACGGACCGGGUGACACAGCUGCGAGUCUCACGCCUCUCCGGUUGAUCUAUGUGGAUGUGUGAUGAUGGAUUAACUGUAUUUAACGGGGUCCCACGUAUCUCCGGUACUUCACUAGACCACCGCCGCCAGCUCUCGUCCCUCCCCCUGGGAGCGCGUGGCAGAGAUCCCUGCCAUACUUUCUGUGGAUUACUUAAACUCUCUUUGGGAUUUUUCUCUCCUGGUAGCACUCGCGAUGACCGCGGAAUAUGUUUUACGGUCCCUGCUGAUGCUCUUCCUCGCGCUGCUCUCGGCCAACGCCAGUAACUGGCUGUACCUGGCUAAACUGUCGUCGGUGGGCAGUAUCAAUGAUGAGGAGACGUGUGAACGUCUGCGAGGACUCAUCCAUAAACAGGUGCAGAUCUGUAAGCGCAGUGUGGAGGUGAUGGAUGCUGUGCGGCACGGGGCCCAGCUAGCCAUAGACGAGUGCCAGUUUCAGUUCCGGAACCGCCGAUGGAACUGCUCCACACUGGAAACCAUGCCUGUCUUCGGCAAGGUCGUCACACAGGGCACUCGGGAGGCAGCCUUUGUUUAUGCCGUCUCAGCAGCCAGUGUGGCGUUCGCUGUGACCCGGGCCUGCAGCAGCGGAGAGCUGGAGAAAUGUGGCUGCGACCACAACGUCCACGGAGUCAGUCCAGAAGGUACACACACACACACACAUACACACACACACACACACACACACUGUUUGACUGCUAACUCUCUCUCUCUCUCUCUCUCUCAUCCUCCCUCCCUCCCAGGGUUCCAGUGGUCAGGCUGUAGUGAUAACAUUGCUUAUGGAGUGGCCUUCUCUCAAUCCUUUGUUGAUGUGAGGGAGAGGAGUAAAGGACAGUCCCCCAGCAGAGCACUCAUGAACCUACACAACAAUGAGGCCGGGAGGAAGGCCAUUCUGAGCCACAUGCGUGUGGAGUGUAAGUGUCAUGGCGUGUCAGGUUCCUGUGAGGUGAAGACCUGCUGGAAGGCCAUGCCGCCAUUCCGCAAGGUGGGCAACGCCAUCAAGGAGAAAUUUGACGGCGCCACAGAGGUGGAGCAGCGCAAGGUGGGCACCACCAAGGUCCUGGUGCCACGGAACUCCCAGUUCAAACCUCACACAGACGAAGACCUGGUCUACCUGGAGCCCAGCCCCGACUUCUGUGACCACGACCCGCGCACACCAGGCAUGCUGGGUACGGCGGGGCGGCAGUGUAACCGGACGUCGAAGGCCAUCGAUGGCUGUGAGCUGAUGUGCUGCGGCCGGGGCUUCCAGACAGAGGAGGUGGAGGUGGUGGACAGGUGCAGCUGUAAGUUCCACUGGUGCUGCUACGUCAAGUGCAAACAGUGCCGCAAGAUGGUGGAGAUGCACACCUGCCGGUGAUCACCAUGGAAAUCCCCAAUGGAGACCCAAACAAAUGCCUCAUCACACCCCACUCUCUCCUUUCUCACCUGCACAGAAGGAUGGGAGGGAGGGAGAGGGGGAUGGUGUUUGUGGUUUACCUUUUCCCCAUUUCAAAACCAUCUCUAUUCCUUGUACCAUAGACCCCGGGAACAGACAGACAGAGGUGGACAGAGGACAUGGGCAUUCCCAGUCAGUUCAUACAAUGUUAAAGGAAAAUGAUACACAUGCACGGGAUGUAUAGAACUAAAAAUAUAUAUAUCCCAACAGAGUAUUUUCCUUCUCUUCAUCUUGUCUCACACUUGGUUGAUUCACAUUGUUUUGGUUGCUUUUGUUAUAUCUUUUAUUCAUUUUCUUUUCAUUUUCUUUUUUAACUUAUUUGACAUUGUUGUGAGCGAUUCGGGGUGGAUUCGGUGAGGGGAGAGUGGACUGCAUGGGA